GAGGGAGGAGAGAGAAAGAGGCAGAGAGAGAGAGAGAGAGAGAGCUGAGGGAAGAAAAAAAGGCAAGCUUGGCACAGCUCAGUCAAAUCAGCUUCUUUUGUCUGCUUUCUCGGCUUGAGCUUCAGGAAAGAAAACCGUCCCGGGGUACAGAAAAACUCAGAACUUUUUGGUUUUCAAACUUACAAGGCUUUUUAAGUCUCUGAGGCUAUUUGAAAGUGUUGGUACAUACAAUGACGUUUAGUCACCAGUAUUAAGGGAAAUAAAAGCCUUUUUCAAAAUGAAGCUUCCACAGUGUGUAUGCAUUUGGGAAAUACUGUAUUUGAUUUUUUGCAUAUAUGAUCAUACCAUGAGAGACAGGAUUCAUAUAGAAGAUGGCAAGGCAAAUUUCUAUUUAGAGAAAAUUUAAAUUUUCUACAAAAUAAAGUUUGCUCAUCAAUACAAACCUGCUUUCAAAUCAAAUCAGACAUCCUUCGGAAUGUGUUCAGAACCCAGACAUCAUGUCAAUGGCAACAGAACGGUUGAACCUUUCCCAGAGGGAACACAGAUGGCUGUAUUUGGAAUGGGCUGCUUCUGGGGAGCUGAAAGGAAAUUCUGGACCUUGAAGGGCGUGUAUUCGACCCAAGUGGGCUUUGCAGGAGGCUACACCACCAAUCCUACUUACAAAGAAGUCUGCUCAGAAAAAACUGGCCAUGCAGAAGUCGUGCGGGUUGUGUACCAGCCAGAACACAUCAGCUUUGCGGAACUGCUCAAGGUCUUCUGGGAGAAUCACGACCCGACCCAAGGCAUGCGCCAAGGCAAUGACCACGGCACCCAGUAUCGGUCAGCGAUCUACGUGACCUCGGCCAUGCAGAUGGAGGCGGCCCUGAGGUCCAAGGAGGACUACCAGAAGGUUCUCUCGGAGCACGGCUUCGGGCCCAUCACCACGGACAUCCGCGUGGGGCAGGCCUUCUACUACGCCGAGGACUACCAUCAGCAGUACCUGAGCAAGAACCCCCGCGGCUACUGCGGCCUGGGCGGCACCGGCCUCUCCUGUCCACUGGGCAUCAAACAAUAACUGCCACAUGUUGCGAGGUGGACCCUGGGGCGUCAGCACAAACGCCGCCGCCCAGUGGGACCAAGGCUUCCGGGGUUCACCUCGGUGGCUUUUGCAGUUCACGUAUCACAGAGACAAUCAAACAAAUCCAGUUUGCACAGAGGUUUGAUUCAAGGGAAGUACAACAGCCAGCUGACCCAAUGUAAUUUGUCUUCUAGUACGGGUUGGGGAGGAGCAUGGAAUUUUCUGGAUCACUUGGGGUCUAGCUGGAGAUGAUGAAUAGCUUGUGACUGUGUUUCUGGUCACGGAUGCCAAGGGAGGCGCUGGGGACAGCGGCGGGGUGCCGCCGCACUGGCGUCCUCGCCCCCCACCUGCCCCCAGUGCCUUAUAAUCUGCGAAUGUUUACAGUUUUGAUUAAUCACUCAAAGAAAUGAUAGGAAAAGGGUCACUCUGGCCCUUCCCAGCCCUCUUUGUGCAGCGAAAAGAUGCAGGUUACCGUAAUGAAUUCAGUGCUUUGCUCACAGCUACGAGAAAUGCUUGUUCUGUUAAUACCAAUGAUAAUAAAGAUCUGCGGUUAUAGCAUUCCA